CAAGACGUUGAUUUGUAGAACGCUGAUUGACUGGGAGCUGCCUACCUCCUGGAACCAGCUAGUCAGUAGCCACUAAACAGACUUCUCGUAAGCAUAGGGCUUACCCAAGAAUCUUCCUUAAGUGAACCAGCUAUAGCCUAAUACAGUGGCCUGGUCCAACCAGUCUGCACCCAGACAAAGUGAGUGACAAAUGUUCAAAUCCAAGAAAAAAACUGACUUGCCUGCUCGACCAGACCCACCAACUUGGGACGAGAUGGAAGAAGAUUUAAAGGCAACAACAAAUGCUGAUGUCAUAUUCACUCUUUCUUCUAUAACUUCAGGAACUAAAGAAGUGCAAGAUCCAGAGAAAAAUAGAGAGGACCUAAGUCAGGAGGAGUUAUUUCGGCAGGCCAAGGAAUUUGUUGUGAUGAAUGACGAAAUUAUAGAAAAUAUGGCACUACUGCAAGAAAAGAAGGAAAAACUAAGAGAAGUAACAGAAAACUUGAAAAAGACUGUUGAAAGUGUGAAAAAGCAAGCUUUAGUUGCAAUUGAUGCCUAUGAAAAUAGAGGAUAAUGUGUGCAGCUUAAACAUUGUUAGUGUUUUGAACUUCUGGAUCAGGAUAUACAUUUCUUCAUACCUCACAAAUGUGCAUGUGCUCUCCAAGUUGACAACGAAGUGCAUGUAACAUAAUCAAUUGUAAUCACAGACACUUGAGAUUUUGGUACUGUAAUGCAAUACAUACUGUAAUAUAAGUUGAAACAGUACUUUUCCAUCACAAACUCGAAUGUACUGCACUAGGAUACUUCUGGUAUCUUCAUAGACCAAAUGUUAUUCUCAAGUUUGUAUUUAAUCCUGUGUGAUGCAGUUGUUACUCUGGAUUAAUGUGAGUUUCAGGUCUUUAGAAAUUACAGAAUGUAAAUUCAAUAUACAGAAUUCUGUUUUAGCACAAUACAGUAUAGCUUCCUUGGGAUGAGAAUUUCUUUGUAUUCAUUGACACCUUCAUCAGAUUAUCAAUAUUCUUCUUCAGUAAGUGAAGUGACUUGUUGCUGGUAUAUAUUUUUCAACAUUUCACUUACUAUCAAGUAACUUCAACACAUAUACUACUGUGCAAUUGGCUUAUUCAGUCACAGUUUAGGCCUUAAUUGCAAAUCUGUAAGUAGCGGAAUGAAGUAAUGUAAUGAUUUGUAUUUGUUUAUUGUUACCAUUUAAUUGUGUGAACAUAUUUUAAGUGAAAAGAAAGGGCUUGAUAACUUGUCAAAUCAUUCAUAUUCAUUUAUGGAAGAUGCUGUAUAUUUUGUCUGUUACUCUGCAACUUUUAGUUAUUAGUAAGCUUGUACCACAAUUGUAUUUAAUAUGAUAUUUUUUUAAUAAAGAC